CGUGCAAUUCCACAACCACAACCUCAACUAUUAAUUUUGUUCCCCCCUUCUCUUCUCUCAUGGUCGCGUCAUAGUAUGCUUCAAUUCAACUGCUGAAUUCCUAUACGCGACCAUGCAUCUCAUCAAGCCGCAGUGGUUGACACACCCGGGCGAACUCAAAGACUUCGAAGUAUACAGCUGCCACGUUUCGCCGGACGGAUCGCGUUUGGUUACGGCCGCCGGAGACGGUUACGUCCGAAUAUGGUCCACCGAAGCUAUUCUAAACUCCAACAACCCCGAAUACACGAAGCCAAAGCAGCUAGCAGCUGUGAGCCACCAUUCAGGCACGAUACACGUAGUCCGCUUUUCCUCCAACGGCAGAUAUCUGGCAUCAGGCGCAGACGACAAAAUAGUAUGCGUUUAUGCGCUAGAUAAGAACGCGCCAACACAUGCUGCAUUUGGAUCAAACGAGCCUCCACCGGUCGAAAACUGGCGAGUCAUCCGCCGUCUUAUAGGACAUGACAAUGAUGUACAGGAUCUCGGCUGGUCAUUCGACUCGUCCAUAUUAGUCUCUGUAGGGUUAGAUUCGAAGGUCGUGGUCUGGUCGGGACACUCGUUCGAGAAGCUGAAGACGUUGUCAAACCACCAGAGUCAUGUCAAGGGCAUUACGUUUGAUCCAGCGAACAAAUACUUCGCAACAGCUAGCGACGACCGCACGAUUAAAGUCUAUCGAUUUAAUUCCCCACCGCCGAAUGCGACCCAGCAAGACCAGGUCAACAAUUUCGUCCUCGAACACACCAUCACAACACCCUUUCUCACAUCACCGCUUACCACAUAUUUCCGACGUUGCUCUUGGUCGCCAGACGGAGCACAUAUAGCUGCGGCGAACGCUACAAAUGGACCGGUGAGUUCGGUAGCUAUUCUUGCGCGCGGAACCUGGGAUGGAGACAUCAGUCUGGUGGGCCACGAAGGGCCAGUAGAGGUCACCGCUUUCUCUCCAAGAUUGUUCUACCGAGACCCGCCGAGGCCCGAGCAUGAUGGAAGCGUGUAUCAGCCUACCGUUACGAUUGUCGCAUGUGCCGGACAGGACAAGUGCCUUAGUGUGUGGAAUACGAGCUUCCCUAGACCGUUCAUGAUCUCGCAGGAGCUAGCCAUGAAGUCAAUAUCAGACCUGGCGUGGGCGCCCAACGGAGAGACCCUUUUUGCGACUAGCUUAGACGGAAGCAUAUUGACACUCGUUUUUGAACCAGGAGAGCUAGGAUACCCUGCGUCGCUUAUGGAGAAUGAGAAAACACUUUCGAAGUUUGGUGCGGGCAGAAGAGUCGGAAUUAUCGAGGGUACAGACGCUCUACUUCUAGAAGAGAGUAGCAAAGAAGGGGAAUUGAAAGGUGUGCAGGGCAGGAUGGGUGCUUUGAUGGGUGACGGUGGUGCUGUUCAGCCGCCAACGAUCACAAACGGUACCAAUGGUAUUUUACCUACAACAACUCUCACGAACGGAUCGACUUCUACUGCCCAACCACCGGCUCCCGUCGAGCCACCUCCGGAUCAACGGGUGGAAAAGCUCAAGCAACGAGUGACUGUUACCAAGGAGGGAAAGAAGCGAAUAGCCCCAAUGUUGGUAUCGUCAUCUUCUGGGGUUGGCGCAUCAUCCCUACCACAAACCCAGCUCAUCUCCGCGACGACGACAUCAGGCGGGAGAAGUGAAAACCCGCACAAUAUUCUCGAUUUGUCCAAACCAUACGAUGGAUUCCCCAAGGGGGGAUUGGCGUCAAUGCUGAUCGGGAACAAGAGGAAAUUCGCCGAGAUUGAGGGCGAUGAGGACCGUCAACUUGAACGAAGACUUGCUGCUUCGGUCCGACCUGGAGGCGCAGCUAUAGUUUUGAAUAGCGAGAAUGGCCUCAUCCCACCAGCUGCGGCUCCUCCAGGUGGAAACGAACUGCAGGGGCCUCCGAAAGUCUUACGGCCGGCUAUUGUUAACCCAUCGCUAAGUGUAAGUCAGGUACGAUUGGCUGUGCCCAAAGUCAGAAGUGUCAUCGUGCGGACAAUGGAUGGAAGCGAGCCGCCCCAGAAUGGAGUGGAUGCCAACACUGGGAAGGCGGAGAUACCGGACACUGUGAUCUUGGAAGCACGCAAUGCCACAGGGCCAUCACGGACAGGACGACCUCAAGAUCACGAUCCAACGAGGAUGGCUUGCACAAGUAAGGGUCAGUCCCUCUGGCAAGACUUUCUGCCAAAGGCCGUGCUCUUGGUAACAGGCAACACCAACUUUUUUGCAGCCGCAUGUGAAGACGGUUCAGUGUACGCAUGGUCACCGGCGGGUCGACGGACAAUGAACGCCGUGGUACUAGAAGCGCAGACUGUCAUCAUGGAUUGCCGUGGCUGGUGGUUGAUGUGCAUCAGCGCCGUCGGUAUGUGCUAUAUUUGGAACCUCAAGACCAUGUCCGCACCGCACCCACCGGUCUCAUUAGCGCCCAUUCUCGACAUAGCAGCGUAUGCACAAGGUCCGCACCUUACACGCUCUCCUGGAAUCGUAUUUGCGCGAUUAAAUUCUGGAGGUCGGCUGGUAGUCGCCAUGUCGAACGGCGAGGGGUACACAUACAAUCCCGACAUGUAUAUCUGGCAACGCAUAUCGGAACCCUGGUGGGGUGUUGCCAGUCAAUAUUGGAACUCGACGGACUCAUCAGUCGGCAACAUUAGAUCAUCACAGGACAAGCAUGCGCCGACCGAGAAGGACGAUCAGGUAUCGAUCGAGAACAUCUCCGCCGGUAUUAUACCGUCCCUCGAACGCAACACGACGAACCAGUCUCUCCUCCAGGGUCGAGCAUUCCACCUACAACGACUCAUCAAAGCGCUGAUCUCAGCCGAAGGAUUUGAGGCCUUGGAGAGCUGUGCUAGCAUAGCACAUCUUGAAAACCGGGUCGCUGCUGCGAGGACGCUGGGCGCACGGGAGGAGUUCAAGAUUUACCUGACCAUGUACAUCAAGCGCCUCGGUGCCGAAGGCCUCAAAGGCAAGAUUGAAGAGUUGCUACGCAGCUUGAGUGGCAAUCUCAUCGUCGAGGAUGAGGACGAAAGUGAGGACACGAAGAGCCCUGAGGUGAUUUGUGGGUGGAAGAGAGAAGAGUUACUGAAAGAGGCGGUGCUGAUUCUUGGUAAACACCGUGAUCUUCAGCGCAUAACAGUGCCGUAUGCGCGCCUCCUCGGAAUCGUCACGGAGGGCCAGCGACAAGACGAGCAAGCUAUGAUUACGGACGUGUAGAAUACCCCCUUUUUCUUUCUUACUUCUGUAUCAAAAGUACUUUUGUCCACGUGUGGUUAUGGAAUAGGCGCGCUCUGGUUCGUCAAUAGGCGCGCUUCUGGCGCUCUGGUCCGUCUCGGGAACGCAUAGACAGGUGUAUUAAUAGCGAGGAGGUCGACUUCUGGGCUAAGAUGGACGUCGACUUGACUACGAUCACGACGUUGCAGGGGCAAAUGCAAACCGUCAUUUUGCCUAAGAGGUUGGUUGACGUUCCAUGCAUUCUCGCGAUUUCUCACGAUGUGGUAUCUUCACUCGGCCAGUAUUUGGUGCCUAUGACUCCAACACCUAGUAUUCUACAACCCGCAGUAGUCUGUUUCCACGACCCCAUUAAAAAAAGGUAAAAGAGGACACAAGAUUUCCAAAAGGCUUACGUGCAAGUAAAUCCACUUAUUCAUGC